CUUAGAUUUCGCAGCGUGGGGUCUUCCUGCUGGAUAGCAUCAGAAGACACGACUCUCCUUGUCCUGCCUACCUUUUCUUCCCUGACCAGCUUCCUCUUUUCACGAUGACAGCCCCAAGAGACAUCGAACGGAGUUCACUGGGAAGUGCCGUUUCGCACUCCCUCAGCGUGUCGCCCACCGCCGCCUUUCACUCUCCUCUCUCUUCAAGCCAAGGCGGCUUCCUGGCGGGGUCUCUUCCGCACCGGGCCGCGGCGGCCAAGCAGCUCAAGCCCUUCAGCACUGAGGACAUCAAGAUUCUGCUACUCGAGAACGUCAAUCAGACGGGGCGGGAUAUCCUGAAGGCCCAGGGCUACCAGGUCGAAUUCCUCAAGACCUCGCUGCCGGAAGACCAACUCAUCGAGAAGAUUAGGGACGUACAUGUCAUUGGCAUCCGGUCAAAGACAAAGCUCACAGCCAAGGUGUUGCAAGAGGCGAAGAACCUGCUCGUCAUCGGCUGCUUCUGCAUUGGCACCAACCAAGUAGACCUGGACUAUGCGGCCAAGCACGGCAUCGCCGUCUUCAACUCGCCCUUCGCCAACUCGCGCAGCGUCGCCGAGCUGGUCAUCGCCGAGAUCAUCUCGCUCGCACGCCAGCUGGGCGACCGGUCGCUCGAGAUGCACCGCGGCACCUGGAACAAGGUGAGCUCCAAGUGCUGGGAGAUCCGCGGCAAGACGCUCGGUAUCGUCGGCUACGGCCACAUCGGUUCGCAGCUAUCGGUGCUGGCCGAGGCCAUGGGCAUGUCGGUCAUCUACUACGACGUCCUGACCCUGAUGGCCAUCGGCACGGCUCGGCAGGUGCCGACGCUCGAGGCGCUGCUGGAGGAGGCCGACUUCGUCACGCUGCACGUGCCCGAGACGCCCGAGACCAAGAACAUGAUCUCGGCCGCGCAGUUCGAGCGCAUGAAGACGGGCUCGUACCUCAUCAACGCCAGCCGCGGCAGCGUGGUCGACAUCCCCGCGCUGAUCAAGGCGAUGCGUUCGGGCAAGCUGGCCGGCGCGGCCCUGGACGUGUACCCGAACGAGCCGGCGGCCAACGGCGACUACUUUGUCAACGAUCUCAACGCGUGGGCCGAGGACCUGCGCGGGCUUAGCAACAUCAUCCUGACGCCGCACAUCGGCGGCAGCACCGAGGAGGCGCAGCGGGCCAUCGGCAUCGAGGUCGCCGAGGCGCUGGUGCGGUACAUCAACCAGGGCAUCACGGUGGCCAGCGUCAACCUGCCCGAGGUGACGAUGCGCCAACUGACGCUCGACGAGCCGAACCACGCCCGCGUCAUCUACAUCCACCGCAACGUGCCCGGCGUGCUGCGCAGGGUCAACGAGAUCCUGGCCGAGCACAACGUCGACAAGCAGAUCUCAGACAGCAAAGGCGAUGUAGCGUACAUGAUGGCCGACAUUAGCGAUGUCAAGGUUGAGGAUAUCAAGGAGAUCCGCGACAGCUUGGAUGCGCUCAACUCGCGCAUUCUGACGCGGGUUCUGUACUAGAGGGUGGGGGGAGUUUUUUUGGGAAGGGACGAUUGAGGUGAUCUGGAAGUUCUGGAGUCCACGGAGAGAUUUCAACAUGGAGUGGGCUCACCAUGUUCCUUCUCCUUUGUUUUAUUUCUCUUCAACACACAUACACCUCGGGCAUUGGUUGGUCUUUUUUGUUGCCAAAGAACAAAACUAUAUGUGUAACGGUUACACAAAAAUGAUGGAUGGUUCUCAGCACUUGCAUAGGCAAAAGGGGGCAUUACAGGACAAAUACAGAGCAACACAUACAGAAGACGAUUGGUUUGGCAAACAGAGCAUGUUC